AUGCUAUCGAUCCGUUCUACUAGCCGCAUGUUAAAGGUCGCCAAUUCCAGGCAACUUCCCAGUCGAUGGCAGCAGCUUCGACGACCCUUCUCUUCAACUCCACCACCACCGGAUCCCACCAAGAACAAGGGCCCCGUCAGUUGGAUGUCAUUGUUCUUGGUGGGAAUUGCUGCCGCGUCCGUCACGGCAUACUACAAACUAGAACGAGAACGGAGAUUAGAACAAGCCAUGAGAAAGGUCGUUUCCAGUGAGUCCGAUGGAUGGUCGCCCAAUCCAGAAGUACUAGCCAAGCGAAAAUUCAAACGAACGCCCUGGGGAUGGUUCCCAGAAGAGGAUGCAUUUGGCGCCGCCGGAAAGCCCGCCAUUGGUGGACCAUGGACAUUGAUUGAUCUAGAUGGGAACCUAGUCACUAGCGAACAAUUCAAAGGCAAAUGGUUAUUGCUAUACUUUGGAUUUGCUAGAUGUCCCGACAUCUGUCCCUCGGAAAUGGUCAAGGUGGGAAAAGUCAUGGAUACACUCAAAGAAAAAUAUCCAAAACUACACCAAAAUAUUGUACCACUCUUUGUCAGUGUCGAUCCCGCACGAGACUCCCUCAAAGCAUUGCGGGAGUAUGGAAACGAUUUCCAUCCCAGUUACAUCUUUCUCACGGGAGCACCCGACCAAGUGCAGGCCAUGGCCAAAAAAUACAGGGUGUACGUGAGCAAAGCCGAUGAAUCACCGGAUGGGGAUUAUUUGGUCGAUCAUUCCAUUGUCAUUUACUUUCAUGACGACACGGGGGAUCUCGCAGAUUGUUUCACACAAUCCAUGCGUUCUUCCGAUGUUGUCGAGAAAAUUGUGGAGCGAAUGACAUUUGUUCCCACGUAUUGA